UAGAAAUCACGGGCGACAACCCUAGUUGGUUUCCCCGCGUUGGACCGUCGAGCAGCUCUGUUUCAUGCGCGCGGAUAAUGGAACCCGCGGCCUUCACCCCGAGUCGAGACGUCGCGACUUCAGACACUUCGUGCGCGCGGGUUCGGCUCCCCGCGUCUCUCGACCCCGAGUUGAGACGUCGACGCUCCCUCUUCUUCGUGCGUGCGGUUUCACGAUCCCGCGAGCCUCCAACCCGCGUCGUCGAGCUUCAUCUCCUCCGUCGUGGUCAGCCACGAGUUCUCCCUCUCCACUGCAAUACACGCCAUCGUCGUCAUCAACAAGUCGCAGCUGUGGUAAGAAUCGCCGCUGUGGCCUCAGAUCGAGCCAUGACAGCUUGUCCUAAAGCGCCGGAGUGCUUCUCGCCGUCACAGUCGAGCUUCACCAUUGAGACUCCUCAUCGGAAACUUCUCAUGUACAGGUCGUCGCCUCCUCGCCGUGAUCGGAUUUCCGGGCCGUGGUAUCCGCCACCACCGUCGCGCUCGUCGUUCUUCAGUCGCAGGAGAAAGCUCGAGGAGCAGCAAUGGUGGAAUUUGGGGUUUCUGCACUUCUGGUCCUUCAUAUUUCGAAUAAUUACGAUUUGACCCCAAAUGUAUCAAAAUUGCAGAAACGUCCUUCUGAUUCUGCCCCUAAGUUUCCAAUUGUGCAGACCAGACCCUCAGUAUUUGCAGAAUGAUCCCCCGCCUCUUUAUAGUUCUCAGUUCGGCCCAUAACUUUGUAAAUUGCCCGAUUAACCUCACGAUUUCAGCCCAAACUUCUCAAGUGUGCACAUUAGCCCCUAUUUAUGCAAUUAUGCAUGUAAAUGCAAUAUUGAGACUUAA